GGGGAGCAGUUCUAAAGAGCAGCGCGCGCGCACACUGGGGACCCGAGCUCUAGUCUGAGUCCUGCCAACUGGUGGAGCUGAAAAGAGCCCAGAGGAUGGAACUGCAGGACCCAAAGAUGAAUGGAGACCUACCUGCGGGUGCUGUGGGCUACAGGCAGGAACACGAGGGCUUCCUGCCCAGCCAUAAUCCUGCUCCUGGGAGGAAGCCAACCGAGUUCAUGGAUUUCGAGGGGAAGACAUCAUUUGGAAUGUCAGUGUUCAACCUCAGCAACGCCAUCAUGGGCAGCGGCAUCCUGGGGCUGGCCUAUGCCAUGGCCCACACAGGGGUCCUCUUCUUCUUGGCCCUGCUGCUGUGCAUUGCUCUUCUGUCUUCAUACUCCAUCCAUCUCCUGCUGACCUGUGCUGGUGUUGUAGGCAUCCGAGCCUAUGAGCAGCUGGGACAGAGGGCACUGGGGCCUGCAGGGAAGGUGGUGGUGGCCAUGGUCAUCUGUCUGCACAAUGUUGGGGCCAUGUCCAGUUACCUGUUCAUCAUCAAAUCCGAACUCCCCCUGGUUAUUGGCACCUUACUGAACAUGGAACCUGAGAGGGGCUGGUUCUUGAAUGGAAACCUUCUCAUCAUCAUGGUUAGUGUGUUAAUCAUCCUGCCACUGGCCCUCAUGAGACACUUGGGCUACCUUGGAUAUACCAGUGGUCUUUCUCUCACCUGCAUGCUGUUUUUCCUCAUUUCAGUCAUCUAUAAGAAGUUCCAUAUUAGCUGUGGUGUGGGCCACAAUGAGACAGCAGCAGAGAGUAAGAGCCCCCCAGUCCUUCCAAGCCAGGGACUCAACAGAAGCUGUGAGGCCCAGAUGUUCACAGUGGACUCACAGAUGUUCUACACAGUGCCCAUUAUGGCUUUUGCCUUUGUCUGCCACCAUGAGGUGUUGCCCAUCUACACGGAGCUCUGCCGUGGAGACAGUCAGAUGGAAGGGAAAUCAGGGAUCUCAGACAGAGGGUGGAGGCAAAGACAGAUGACCACAAGGAGGGGGAGGCAGCAUUUGGGCGCUGACUUGUGUCCCACCCUACUCUGGCUACAGAUCCGCCGGGCCCUGCAGCAGCUGCUCUUCCCAAGCAAAGCCUUCAGCUGGCUACGGCAUGUGGCCAUAGCCGUGAUUCUGCUCAUCUUGGUUAAUGUCCUUGUCAUCUACGUACCGACCAUCCGGGAUAUCUUUGGGGUUAUCGGGUCCACUUCAGCCCCCAGCCUCAUCUUCAUCCUUCCCAGUGUCUUCUACCUCCGUAUUGUACCCUCUGAGGUGGAGCCCCUCUCCUCUUUGCCCAAGAUCCAGGCUCUGUGUUUUGGUGUCUUGGGGGUCCUCUUCAUGGUGAUCAGUCUAGGCUUCAUGUUUUUCAACUGGGCCACAGGCCGGAGCCAUGUGUCUGGACACUGAUCAUGCCCUGUUCCAGCCAGACUCCUGUGCGCAUGCAUCUCUGUGUAUAGAGGAAGAUGAGGCCACUCUCCCAGGUCCCUCCUGCCUGGUGUGUGAAGGUGGCUGAUUCCCAUUAACAUGGCUGUCGGAAGUAGGUGGUCACAGAGACUGCAGAGUGGUCUACUGUCCUCCCCAGGGAUGCUGAGCUUGGAUCACGGUCCUAAUCUCAACUCCACAGGAGCAGGAGGAGGCCAGGUCCUCGGAGAGCCCCUGCCCAGCCCAGUCCUUUUUGCCUCCUCCUGGUAGAAUCUGUAAGGAUUACCCUCAAGUUAAAGGGGGAAAAUAAAGAUGUUAGUUUCAACGCUU